AUGAUUGACAACGAACUACGACAGCUGAAUAAAUCUUUGACUAGAAACGCUUAUCCCGACGCAUUUAUCGAAAGGCACAGCAAGCCUAAAGUGAUCAGACAAACGAAUUCGUCAGCAGAAAAACUACUAGUCACCAUUUGUCUUCCAUUCAAACGUGACGACAUCAAUUGCUUGCUCAAACGACCACUUGGAUCAGCACUUGCCCGAACAUAUUAUGCAGCUGACCUCAGAAUUGUUCAUCGAACGAUUGAGAUCCCCACACCGUCGGUGAAACAACGUCUACCUCUGUACACCAAAUCGAACCUGAUUUACCAAUUUCAGUUUAGUCGCGGAGCAACCUACGUGGGUCGAACAGAGCGGCAGUUACGUAACCGAGUGAUUGAAUAUAUUCCAAAUUGGGUACAACGUUUUGUGAUGCAAUCAGGGUCAGAUCAAAGGCAUAAUGACAACGUUCGAAACCAUAAGAUCCCGUCGUCGGCCGUCGCUCGUCAUCUUCUGAUGACGCAACAUCCAGCUGACCGAAGCACUGCGUUUCGGGUCAUUCACGUGGCAAAGAAUACCAGGCUUUUUAGAACACCGAACAACUCUGGCCGUCCGGACCGUGAUAACUCAUCUGGUGGAGCUUUUACCCGCUUUGCGUCUGUGGAAUAUGAACGUGGUCUGGUCCGAACACUAUUUCAAACAGCACGACAUAUCUGCACAGAAGACAUGAUUGACAACGAACUACGACAGCUGAAUAAAUCUUUGACUAGAAACGCUUAUCCCGACGCAUUUAUCGAAAGGCACAGCAAGCCUAAAGUGAUCAGACAAACGAAUUCGUCAGCAGAAAAACUACUAGUCACCAUUUGUCUUCCAUUCAAACGUGACGACAUCAAUUGCUUGCUCAAACGACCACUUGGAUCAGCACUUGCCCGAACAUAUUAUGCAGCUGACCUCAGAAUUGUUCAUCGAACGAUUGAGAUCCCCACACCGUCGGUGAAACAACGUCUACCUCUGUACACCAAAUCGAAUCUGAUUUACCAAUUUCAGUUUAGUCGCGGAGCAACCUACGUGGGUCGAACAGAGCGGCAGUUACGUAACCGAGUGAUUGAAUAUAUUCCAAAUUGGGUACAACGUUUUGUGAUGCAAUCAGGGUCAGAUCAAAGGCAUAAUGACAACGUUCGAAACCAUAAGAUCCCGUCGUCGGCCAUCGCUCGUCAUCUUCUGAUGACGCAACAUCCAGCUGACCGAAGCACUGCGUUUCGGGUCAUUCACGUGGCAAAGAAUACCAGGCUUUUUAGCUUUGUGUCUGUGGAAUAUGAACGUGGUCUGGUCCGAACACUAUUUCAAACAGCACGACAUAUCUGCACAGAAGACAUGAUUGACAACGAACUACGACAGCUGAAAGAAUCUUUGACUAGAAACGCUUAUCCCGAUGCAUUUAUCGAAAGGCACAGCAAGCCUAAAGUGAUCAGACAAACGAAUUCGUCAGCAGAAAAACUACUAGUCACCAUUUGUCUUCCAUUCAAACGUGAUGACAUCAAUUGCUUGCUCAAACGACCACUUGGAUCAGCGCUUGCCCGAACAUAUUAUGCAGCUGACCUCAGAAUUGUUCAUCGAACGAUUGAGAUCCCCACACCGUCGGUGAAACAACGUCCACCUCUGUUCACCAAAUCGAAUCUGAUUUACCAAUUUCAGUGUAGUUGCGGAGCUACCUACGUGGGUCCAUCUUGCAAUAUAUGA